AUUUAUUGGUUCGAUACGGUCCGCGAAUUCUCGUCAAAGCCGUAACUUCGAGAAGGCCGCGACCAAUACUGCAUCGGCAGCCCGAAAGGCAAUGAAGUGCUCUUCCUGUAAUCAUAGCGUCAUUUCCUAGACCUCAACGCUGUUAUUCUCGAUCUCCACAGCAAUGGAUUUCAGCGAUUCCGAAUUGCGCGAUGGUUUCGCGGUACGCCAUGCGCCCGGCAAAGGCCGCCACCUCAUCGCAGCGCGCUCCUUCUCACCUGGCGCCGUUAUCCUACAGCAAGCACCCUACGCUGCAGUCCUAACCGACAAUCAUACGCCAGGCUAUUGCGACUACUGCUUCCGCUACUGCGAGCGGCCGCUGCGAUGCAGCCGCUCCAAGCUAGCUCGUUACUGCUGCAAGGAGCACCAGCGAGCGGCCUGGGUGGCGGGAUACAAGACGGAGUGCGAGGCGUUGGUGCGCUGCGCUCCCCGCGUUCCGCCGCCCACAGUACGUCUUGCAGCGCGUAUCCUAUGGCGCCGCGCGAGGGCGCUAGCACACCAACAGCAGCAACCCCAACAACAACAACAACAACAACAACGCGAGCAGCAGCAGCAGCAUCCCUCCAGCGUCCCCAGCCCUUCCUCCUCAGCCCUCCCGCAG